UUCUCCAUAUGCGUGAAAUCAUGAUAUUUGUCUUUCUCUAAUUUCGCUAAGCAUGAUACCCUCUAGUUCCAUCCACGUAGUGGAAAAUGGCAAGAUUUCAUCCAAGAAUGUUUUCUAAACUGCAGCCUAUAUGGCAUUUAGCUGUAAUGAGGUGGCCUAUAUCUAUCUUCCAUUGCUAGGAAUGUAGAUACCCAUGUCCCUGGGGUUAAUUUUCCUCCUAAUUCUUUAAUAGUCCCUUUUUAUUGUGAAAGAGUUUUCUAAAUUAGUAGGAUAUCCUUGUAUCAAUGUUACUUGGGAAACUUUAAGAACAUAAUGGCAUACUGUAGUUAUUUUUAUUUACAAAAGGGUUGACAUGGCCAGUGUAGCUUAUGGGCAAUUGCCUCUGGCUUAGGCCUAGAGACAGAGACUGCUGAUAGGGUUUUGCUCUCUUUGGCACUCCCUGGCUUGCUUAUUAAUGGGAUUAGGUUUCAUAAAGGAGCUAGUGUUUACAAUAAAUAGGUUAGUGACUCCAAAUGUGGGUUUAUAUUCUGUAAGUCUAUUUACUUAAAGGUUUGGUUGUUUCCAUUUCUCUAAGACUGUAUGUAGUUUUUGAGGUUUCUAUUUGGAUUUCUAUUUUUAUAACUUGUUUUAAAGGGUGGUGGUCUAAAUGGUUUCAGAGGCUAAUAGGACCUUAUAACUGUAGAUCUGUAUGGUCUAUUUUGAUUUGAUAUAUUGUAUCAGCCUGUUCUGUGAGUGUGUGUGUGUGUGUGUGUGUGUGUAAGCCGUAGUCUUUAUCUUGACUUAGUUCCUCAGUUGUUCUUAUCAAGCCAAUCAGUCCUGUGUUUCUGGCACCUGCAAACACUGUGAAUAAUCCUGCUCUGUCCUGCAGGGUGCAGCUUUUAGACUGACCUUUUAAAUUUGUUCUGUUGCUUCCAUAAGUAAUGGUGAGGGUAUCUGCCCCCUAUCAUUAAUCAUAGUUAAUAGCCAUCAUUUUAUUAUUAAUAGUUUCCCCUGCUGUUUUCCAUAGAGAUGUUUUAGGGAACGUAUAUUAGGUAUAGGCCAUUUUAAUCUCUAGGUUGCUGCUCCCCAAGUAUCUUUGUAAAUUAGUAUUAUUUUCUCCAAAUGCUCUAAGGUGUGGUUUCAAUUUAGCGUCAGUGGUAAUGAGUCCAAGUUGCACAAUCUCUGUUCCAAUAAGGACCAUGUUUUGUUUUUCUUUGGACCAUAAAUCUAAUAGCUGCUGAGCUUGUGUCCAUUUCAAUUUGUUAGAAUUCCAUUCUAAUGUUUGUCAUUUCUUGUCUAAGCUCGCUCUUCAGUGUCUCUGAUUGGUUCCAUAUUCUCAUCUGUUUUAGUUUUGUCUGUUUUCACAGGCCUGGCUUUUUAGUUAAAUUUAACAGCGUCAAAGGGGUUAAAAUAAUCCUUUUCCUGGGGUGUGGAUUAGUGCCCUUAAGAGAAAAGGGACUGGUUUCUUCCUGCUCUGGGGAUUACUUUCUAUGCCAACACUUUCCUCUCUACAUCUGUUACUCAAUGCUCCUAAUAAGAGCACUGGAAUGUUUUCCUCAGUUCUUUUCAAUAUAGGCUAGAACUCACUGAAAUGGGUGAUCAGGUCAACACCUGGAGUUUAAGUUUUAUAGGUCUCCAGGGAUCUUUGCAGUUAAAUAUCACUCAGAGCAUCUCGAGCAAUUUUGUAGGGUGAAUGAGUGAGGCAUAGUUACCAUUGUCUUUUUUGUUGCCUGAUGGGGUCCCAUGCUUCUCUAGGAACCAGGACCCCAAGGUGUCUCCAAAUGGAGGAUACCCUGUCAUGUGCUUUUAGCUCCUCCCCUGCAAGUCAGUUGAAAACUCCACAGCUCUGUCUUUAAGCAGAAUGUGCCACUGUGGAUAGUUAGGCCUUUAUGCAUUAGGUCAUAACCCUCCUCCUAUGACCUAGCCUCAUCCAACAUUGCCCUGUUUUAUGUGUCUGGCUACCCUGACCUGUGCGGCCUGUGCCUGUACAACCCACACUCUGUCACCUGGCCUCAGGCCCAGGGAGCUCUGGGUGGCCCCCAACCCCUUUAAUGGCCUCAGAGUGCAGCAAGCCCACCCCUUGAACAUUAAGUGGUAGAUUUAAACUGGCAACAGUCUAUCGCAAUUUGGACUGGUUGUCUGAUCGGGUCCUGGGCUUUUCCAACAAGGAGGGCUCCCACAGAAGCCCCUGGUUUAAGCUGGAAGCUAAAAGGUUGGCUUUAAGAGAUACCCAGGACUCUUGAUUGCAGGUAAACCUGGGACCUGUUUAUGGGGAUUGAAUGUUGCCAGUUUAAAUUUGUCACCUCAGAUUCAUGAAGGGUCGUGGCAUGGAUUUAUUUCUCCCUGGAGGUGGCUGUUGACAGGCCCCAGCUCCAACCACCUGGAGGGCUCCUGGUGUCUCAGGCCAGCUGAAGGAAAUGAACUGCACGAGUGUGUUGCACAGUUUAGGGUAGCCAGGCCCUAAAACAUAGCCAUGGUCUUGAGAGGCUGGGUCACAAGAGAAUCUCUUGAAGAAAAGACAUAUGUAUAUAUGCAAACCUAACCUAAUUCACUCCCUGAAGGCAGAGCUUGAAUUAAUGGCCUGCAUUGGCGGGGCAGGUCUGGGAGUGCUGGCCAGAGUAUCAUCUAAUAAGAAGUUCCUUCAGUCUAAGGUUGCAGAAGUCCCAAAACUCUCAGACAUCAAGCCCAAAUGGGGACUGUUGCCAAUCACUGGCUGCUGCUUCCAGGUGAUUUUCAUGGUGGGCCCACAACAUAGCAGAAACUGUGCCAUUAUUUGGGAAAGGUCCAAGCUCCAUGGGUCUAAAGGAACUGAAUCCCUCAAGGAACCUGAAGGAGAUAAAUUGCGAAUACCCAGGCCACGCAGGUCAGGUAGAGAAGAAAUUUUCUUCCCCGUCAGUUGGCGUAGGGGUGGGAUAAAUUUCCCAGACUGGAUACUGUUUGCUUUGAGGCUGCUGCAGCUGAGAGAUGCCAACACAUCUGAUCAACAGCUGGCAGAAGUGAUUUUACAGGCUCUGGUUUAAGAUUGUGAUGUAAGAUCCUGAACUCACCUCCUCCGCAGACACACCAAAUAUACAUCUAUUCUAGAGUAAUUCCCUCUGAAGAACUGAGGGCUGAGAAGCUCCUGCACAAUCAAAGACUGAGAGAAGUGCAGGAAAGAUGGAGACACUGGAAGAAAGGAACUCUCACUUUGAUACUAUAGAUUGCAGCAAGGAGGAAUAGAACCCAAGGGAUUAUGAACAGCUCUGUUUGCCUGGGGCACAGAAAAAAACAAAAAAACAAAAACCAAAAAACUGCAGUUCAAAAGAUCAACUAGAAUAUAUUCAAAAGAUCAACUAGAAUAUAAAGGAACUAGCCCUAGAACCCUGCCCUGUGGUGAGGGGUGUUCUGGAACUCUGUGGGUCCAACAGGCUGCUGAGCACCUUGGUUUACAUUCCCCAGCCACCCUGAUAACGCAGAUGGAAGCAGCAUCCAAAGCCAUAGCUGUCCUUCUAUGUCCUCAGUGAACACUGGGCCCCUACCACACACCAGCCCCAGGUCCCCUGGGUACUGACAGAAAUCUGUGGUUUCAAGAGCAGCUAGAAUACAGAAGAUCCAGCCCUAGAACUCUGCCAGAUGGAAAGAGAGUGGUUGGAACUCUGGGUCAGAGAGGCUGGCGAGUACCACCGUUUAUGUUCCUUCUCCACCUUGGUAGAAAGGAUGGAAGCAGCGUCCAGGUGUCUCGGCUGGCCUACCACCUCAUGGGCCUGGAGCCCCUAGCCCACACCUGUCCCAGUCAUCUCAGUAAAGUGUCCCCAGUGCAGUGCACACCAGCCUAGCCCUGGGCAGUGUUUACUACAGCUCCAGCCAUGUCACCAAGGUGACAGAGAGGUAAAGCAUGCCAGAACACUCCAGAACCAUACCACUUUGGCUCCAGAUGACUUGUAGGGCACCCCUGGUGCAGAGCACUCUGGGACCUCCCAGCUUAGGCCUGCCUCUGCUUCCGCUGCCCCACCAGCGCACCCCUUUUGCUGAGCACCCCAGGACACCCCAGCUUGCACCCAUUUCAACUUUAUCCGUCCUUCCAGGGCACCCUCUGCACAGAGAACCCUGGGACCACCAAUCUCAUGCCCACAUCAGCUGUGGCCAUCCCACCAGGACAGGCCCAGGAUGGUAUACCCCAGGACCCCCAUACCAGCCACUGUUCCAGACAACCAGCCAAAGUCACCAGGCACACAUAAUCUACAUAGGGGUUGACCAUACACAGGACCACUUUCUCAAGUUUAAGAGAAGUAGCUGUUCCAUCUAAUUCAAAGAAGCAAACACAAAAAGUCCAGCAAAAUGAAGGGAUAGAAGAAUGUGCUCCAAAUGAAAGAACAAGACAAAGCCUCAGAAAUAAAACUAAAUGAAAUGGAGAUAAGCAACAUGCCUGAGAAGACAUUUAAAGUCUCACUGGACUGGAGAUUAUAAAGAUGCUUAUAAGCUUUAUAUUAUAAAGAUUAUAAAGCUGGAGAUUAUAAAGCUGGAGAUUAUAAAGAAGCUUAUAAUAUAAGAUGCUAUAUUAUAAGCUUAUGUUAUAAAGAUGCUCACUGGACUGGAGAAAAGAAUGGAAGAACUGAGUAAGCUUCAACAAAAAGAUGGAAAACAUAAAGGAACUAAUCAGAGUUGAAGACCACGAUAACUGAAAUAAAAGUACUCUAGAGGGAAUCAACAGUACAUUAGCAGAUGCAGAAUAAUGGACCAGUGAUCUGAAGUCAGAGUAAUGAAAACUCCUAAGCUGAACAGUAAAAAGGAAAAAAAAAAUUUUUUUAAUGAGGAUAAAGGAUCUCUUGGACAACAUCAAGUAAACAAACAUUUGCAUUAUAGGGGUCCCAGACAGAGAAGAGAGAAAAAGAGGCAGAAAAUGUAUUUGAAGAAAUAAUAGCUGAAAACUUCCCAAAUUUGAAGAAGAAAACACAUCCAGAUUCAGGAAGAACAGAGUUCUAAACAAGAUGAAUUCAAGAGCCUCCACACCAACAUACAUAAUAAUUAAAAUGUCAAAAGUUAGGCCAUCUUGUGUCCCUGUGUGUACCUGAUGCCAACUGGUCCACCCAAGACCCCUGAGUGCCAACCCCAGGUCCUAUUUCCACUCCAGCAAGAUGAAAGAAACUAUCAUGAACCAGGAGAAAGUCGCCAAACUGCAAGCAAAGUGUGCAUUGGUGGAAAGGGAGCUGCUCACUGAAAGAAGAAGGUGGUUCAUAGCAUGGCUACAGCAGAUGAUACAAAAAAAAAAAAAAACAACUUCAGUUUUCCUUAAAGAAGUUAGGGGUAAACAAUAUCUCUGGUAUUGAA